AUGAGUGUUAAGGAGUUUCUUUUGUCGGUGGCUUGGCCAGGAGUCCAACCUUCUCCUUCAGGAGGAGGUGAGGCCUAUGCAGCCCAGGAGCCGCAACCAGAGGAGGAGGAUGACACUAUCAUUCUAGAGCCCACUCCACCUGAGCCAUUUACUUUUGAGGCUGACACAAUUAUUGCUCAGGAGGAUGUGGCAUCACCAGAGCCCUUCCCUCAAGCAGAGCCAUCUCCAUCUCCUUCCUCUGAGCCUGAGCCAUCUGCACCAGCACUAGUGCCUAACCAAUCUACUUCUCAGGACCCAUCAUCUGCACCGGUGUUGGAUUUGAACAAGCAUGCAGAGGAUCAUUCACAGGAUGAUUGA